CAGUUUAGUUGUCAUCAUACAUACGUUCCGUCGUGUUGUUUUUCUUGCGUCAAACUGCGUGAUGAGAGUGCGUACGCGUUCCCCCUCGUCCGCGUGAACGAGAUUCCGACCCGUGCCCCGUUUCAUUUUUCCCCUGUAUCAUCGUUCGAAUAAGAUGCGCCUUGAAAAUGUUGCAAGAAAAAGGUCUGUUCAAGAGCACAUCUCUACGGAAAGGCGAUGAAAUUCAAAAACUCAAUUUUAUACAAACACUACCGAACCUCUUGGUCACAGACACGGAAGCAUGCAUAACGCGUGUGAUACCCAAAGUGCAGCAGUCGCUGGCUACUGCGUCCACGGAAUUUCAUAUCGCUGCUUCGACCACGUUCAAAACGAUAUUAGAACAGAAGCUUGUCAACCAUAACGUCUUCAGUCGGACAUUCCUCCAGAGUAUUUUAUCUUCGAUCGACAAGCGUGAUCCAGUUGUCUGUCAUGCAUGGCUGGAGACCUUACUGGAUGUGAUAGAGUUACUGCCAGUAGAAGUCAUAAGAAAGCAGAUUCUUCCAUUGACUAUAAACAAAGGACAGUUGUCACAGCCUAUCACCUCCAGGAUAAUAUGCAGCAAGAUAUUAGGAAAGAUUUGUACAAGAUUUGAUUCUGCUCUGAUACAGAAGGAAGUUCUACCAAUGGUACACUCCCUCUGUCAGGAUGUAAAUAGUGAAGUACGAGCUAGUAUCUGCUUGCAGCUACGUUAUGUUGCCGAAGGCCUUGGUGCUGAGUCUGUAAAAUCUGCUUUGCUACCAUCUCUCGUAGAAUUAGCAAGUGACGAAGAGAGCAAUGUAAGAUGCACCUCUGUACAAACGAUAGCGUAUGUGCUACCUCAUCUUCAGGAAGAUACAAUAAAAACUACCAUAGUGCCACUUUUUAAAAAGAUAUGCGAGAGCACGCAGACUGCGCAGGCUGACGACAACAUCGUUUGCGUGAUCGCGCAAGAAUACGGAAAAAUUAUACUCGGCCUAGAAAAAGUCUUGAUACCUGCGGAGAGGUCAUGGUUUUUAAAGUAUUAUCAGCAACUCGCACAAAUGGGCAUCAUCUCGAUGAGGAAAGAAUCUAAGCCUUAUAUUCCAUUUAUGAGUUCCAGUCCUGACGAAGAUGAAAAGUACGUGGAAUGUAGACGGUGUUGCGCGUAUAAUCUACCGGCGAUGUUUAUCUUCGUAUCAAAAUCGUCGGACGAUACGGACGCGCUGCUUCUUACCUUUACUGCGUUGGCAAGCGAUCACUAUUAUUUAGUCAGAAGGACUGUGGCUUGUGGAAUUCAUGAAGUGGCUAAAGUGUUGGGCACAAAGAGUGGACGAAUAAAAACAGAAAUAGUAAAAUUGUUGAAAGAUAAUUCCGAAGAGGUUUUACAAGGUUUAGUUCCUAAUGUAGCGUUAGUACUCGAUUGCUUAGCCGAGAGUCAAACGAUCGGAGCAGACAGGAUGGAUUCUGCAGUUAUAGAGAUAGGCAGAGCUUUGUUAAAAUGUGAAUCAGAAAUAGCAGCAACACACAAUUGGAGAUUAAUAACGCAGAUGCAUUCACAGCUUGAGAUAUUGCCUAAAUACUUUCCGAGUGACUUCAUAUAUUCAUAUUUCGUGCCAAUGGCCUUCUUCAGAGUAUUGCACUCUAGGCCGAUACCUGUCCGUCUGUCAGCAGGCACUCUGUACCUUUUCCUCUUACGUUAUAAUCUGAAACCGAUGCAAAGGGUCGAGUUACGUAGUAAAUUGUAUUCGGAAGUGGCCAACAAUUCGAACUGUUACGUGAGAAUGAUGUUCGUCCGUUUGAUGGUAGAGGCAAUGGACAUUUUCUCCUCCGUAUACUUCAAGGAACAUUUUUUCUCAAUUUUAUUGAGCUUGGCAGAGGAUCCCGUAGCCAACAUAAGAUUGAAGGUAGUCUCUCUGCUGCCUCAGCUUAAGAGGCAGGUGCGGAUGCCGGCCGAUAAGAAAUUAUUGAACGCAUUGGAGUCGACGGUGACGCAUUUGGUUAACAGCGAAAAGGAUCGAGACGUGUUCGCCUUGUUGUGUAAAACUAUAUCAGAGAUGGAGGAGAUAGAAGUUAAACACGAAGCUCGAACCUCAUCCGGAGGACUCAUGAAACAAGACGUUGAAGAUGCCAGGAAGUUGGAGGAGGAGAAAAGAUUAUCGGGACCAACGACUACGAAAACGGCAACGAACGGUGGAGCGACAGUGAAGAAGGGUCAGUGGAAGAGACAGAUGCCUGAAACUUCAUCCAAAACGAUGCCACAAACGACAUCAAAAGACAAAAUUGGAGGACCAUCGAGCGACCCGUCAAGAGCGAGAAUUCAGGCUCCUUGGGAAAGAAUAGGGCAUACCAACUCGACUAACAUUUGUACGACCCUCACUAACGUUAUCAUGCGGGAGAACCGACGAAGAUCGCAGCAACAAACUUUGCUUCUAAAUCGCGACACCCGCGACUUCCCUACCGCUGCUGACAUUGCCAGCAAGAAGUACAUCGCCCCGAUGAGAACGUUCACAGCCCACUAUAAUGACUCUUGUUGGCCUUGUAGCUCCAUGCCCGAGAUACCGGUAAUGCUGUCGGACGACGAAUUCCUCGUGGACGCUGGUAUCAGAAUACCGGUUCAAUUCUCCCAGAGCAUGUCUAAAAUACCGCACCUGCAAGAUCCGAUGUUCGGCAAGAGGAGAACCUCGUUCAAUGUGAAUCGCACACGGCCUACCUCUAUGAACUUCGAAAAGACUAAACUUAAAAUGAACUCAUCCGUCGAAUACGAAGACUGCAUGAAACGAAGGACGAACAUCGAGCAACUGAACGACGUCAGGACUUCCAUCGACUGCGAGGACGGACUGAGACUCGUUAAAGAGAAUCAGCACUUCAAGAAGGACCCGGUGUACAUCGAACCUCUUAGGUUGAGGUCAAGGUUCGGAUUCGUGAAUCAGGAGAGGAUGAUGGAGGACAAUAUAAAACGACGGAACUCAUUGAUACUCGACAAAGAUAAAAAAAUUGUGCAAUCGAAAUGCAUGUUGGACAGGACUAAGAGGAAUUCUAUGAACUUCGAUAAAGGGAAGCCUAAGAGGAACUUCUCGGCUGAAUACGAGGACGGUAUGAAGCGGAGAACGAACGGAGCUGAUCAGGCGAAAGACAUUAGAUUGAGAUCGAUCGAUUACGAGGAUGGUUUGAGUUUGGUGAAGGAGAAUCAGCACUUCAAGAAUAAGGAUCAGACGUACCUCAGCCCUCUGAUGAGGUCGAUGUUCGGCUAUUCGAAUCAAGAGAAACCUCUCGACGAUAAAAUGAAGCGACGUAAUUCGCUGAUAAUGGAUAAGGACAAGCCUAAAAUCUUGCUGGAAAAGUACACGUUGGACAGGACUAAGCGGCACUCAGCGAAUUUCAAUUUCAAGACGGUGGUCACGAAAGAGACGAAACCUGUCUUGAAGGAUCAACGUAGUUUAGAUAUGACUGACUACACGCCGUCGGAACGGCUGAGUCGGGCUUUCAGGCGAUACUCGACGCUAGACGUGAAUCAUAAUCAGGGACAUAGCAAAAUACCAUUAAGGAGUUUUGUACGUCGUAGUAGAACAGCGCCGGCCACUAGGGCUUCCAGUCCUGUGAGCUCGCAGAUGAGAUACGGGGACAUCGGCAAGUUGUGUCACAAGUUCGAGGAAUGUCAUCUCUAUUAACAUAUUGUAAUGCUCAACGCAUUUAGGGUGGUAGGAGAGUGAAAUGCAAUUCGCAUCUAAUAGUGAGGAGAGUCGUGUGGGAUGUUAUAUUUUAUUCUGUGCAUUUUAAUCGUAAGUAGAAUCUUGAAUUCGCGAGCUCAGCAUUUUCUUUCACGAGACAACGAGGUAUUUAAAAACCGUUACGAGGCUGUUUAGACUGGUUUACGAUCUUGCACUUUUUUCACGUGGCCUUGUACGUUUCUCACUUAUCAGUUUAGCGACCAGUUCAACGAUGCAUUUUUCUAUACACGUGUAAUUGGCAAGGGAGAAGAAGAUAGAGUUCUUUGUACUUGUACAAUCGACAUUAAGCAGAGUAGAUAGCAUUUAAAGAGAGCAGCGGAAGAAAAGGUUUCAUAACGUACAUUUAUUAUUAUUAGUAUUUCGCAUGUUGAAUGAAAUAAUAGAAUAUUUUUCGGCACACGCAUGCUCGGGUCGAAAGGCCGUUUCAUUAGCCGAAACCGCAUCGAAUAAGACUAUUUUGCACUUUAAUUUUUUAGCCGCGUAUGUAACAUUCGCCCUAGCAGGCACACUGGUCGAACAUAUUCUAAUAGAAGAUUGUAUUAGGAGAUAACGAGGGAUAAAGUUUAAUUAAUCUUAAUAGCCAAUUCUAGGUCUAGUCUUGAAUAGUUUUAAAAAAGAAAACAGGGCUAGUUAUUAAAUCUUCGAUACAGUCUUUUAUAUUUCGCUUGUUUUAACGUAUUCAGUUCUCUGGUAUCUUGGCAAGGACGGGUAGAUUUUUAAUAAGAUCUUUUACCAAUGUUUUUUAUGAUACUUUUUAGCGCGUAGCACGAGUUCACAGAAUCUACGAGCCUGACUUAUUGCUAGCGAGCGCGUAUAGCGUGCAAUAGCGAGCAUUAUUUUAAUUAUUUAACCGCCUCCAUCGUUGUAUACGCGUAUUUUCGAUCGAUUUACUAGCAUAGAUCGUUGUACGAUCGAUUUUGAGAAGCAGUUUUCUCUCACGAGAAAAACGAAGUAACUUUUUGAUCGCAACUUUAGGGACGCUAGAUUCCCCGAUUCUCCCUCUAAACGAGUUGAACGAUUCAACUGACUCUUCCCUUGUACCGUGGAUCGGAGUCACUGUCGUGUCUUAAAAGCAGAUAUCUAGGAAAAUAUAUCAUACAGUCUUAACGGGAGUAACGGAGCAUAUAAAAUACGUGUACACAGACUGACCAAGACGACUUAGCGGGCGCCUAAUUGACAAGUACGUAGUAGAAGAAGAGAACGGUUCGAGGAACGAUCGAGUAAAACGAAUAUAUCAAGUAUAUCGAACGGGACACGUGUAAUAUUUUCAUUGAGCUUCUAAAUAGAUGUAUUGCAUGGUGAGAGAGGAAAGGUUUAAUUAAGCCAAAGAUGAUAUCUAAAGAUACGAUAUCUGAACGUACAAAUCGUUAAAGGCAUUAUGUACUUGUAUCGUGUACAUAUACUGCGUAAGCUUUACAGUACAAGUGCCAUUGAAUGAUACGCCGGAGACUUCAGACGCUUGAAGAGUUGUAAUGAACCGUUCGCCUAAAACAGAAUCGAACUUUAUUCAAAUACGUUGUUCCAAAUAGGAAAACAAAAAAGAAAACAGGAUUAUCGUAAUUACACUUUAGACUAAUGUAAGAGUAUAAUGUUGUUCAAGAAUCGAGGCAUUGACGUCUUACAUUUAUUCAUUUUGAACAUCGUUUGAGAAUCGACAAUUUUUUCUAAUAGACAAGUAUUUUUAAAUGAUCGCUAGUCAACCAGAUAUCACGUAGCCAGAGUCAAUCGUUAUUGAUUUCUGAAUAAAAUCAUAUACUUUCUCUCUCAGUAUUGUAAGCCGCUGAUCACCGAUAUUAGAACUUCACGCUCUUUACGCUUAGAGAACAUAGAAAGAGACGCAACUCGAUUAUGACCGCGUAACGAUAUUAAUUAUUUUGUCAUAUAAGAUCGUACGGCUAUCGAACUUAUCACAUAAUGACAUAGCGGAGCUUGUUGUAUUAUUUUUAUAGGAGACUUUAGGGGUAGCAUCAGCCGCACGAUUUUGCGAACUCCAAUUCGAAAUGGAUUUAUGGAAAAACCGUUUCGCACAGAUCGUACGGUUGUUGGUUCACCAUGCGACGGGACUUCUUUUUUAUAGGAGAUAUAUAUUAGGAUAUAUACCGUAUGUGUGUAUAUAUAAAUUCUCUAUGUAUAUACACAUAUAUUAAUUAUACAGGAAUAGUUUAACGAGAUUGAACAUAUUGUUAAAUGUGCAACUGUAGGACCUCGGGGAGGCGCGUUUCGAGGCGAGGCAAGCGAAAGUAGAGAACGAAGAGAAUUUACACGAGCACGUUUAACGGGAUUACUAGGAGAGACACGGCGCUGGGGAGAAAAUAUGAAAAAGAACGUUUUUCUCCGCCGAAGGUAAAACGAAACGACGUUGGGAGAAAGAACAUCGCUUAAAAUGCUGCUCCUUAUUUUUGUACAGAUCUUACCGUACCGUGUAAUGUUAACUUUUGUGCCAGAAAGUAAAAAAUACGCAGUAUAUAUAUUGUAUAAGAAGUACACACACGUGGCUCGUACUACACUCGUUUUACGUAAUUGUUAACGUACUCGUUUCUCUUUAUAUAACGUAUAGAGGAAAAUUUAACAAAACGAAAAAAAAAAUAUGUAUGAGAUGAGCACUUUUAUUGCCGACACUGUUAUAACAUGUUAUACAUAUUGUUACGUAUGUUACGUGUACGUAAACCGAGUAAUCUCGAGAGAAUAGAAGAGUUUUCUUUAUCCCGGACAGUCGCUCGUAAAUGAAAAAAAAUAAUUAUAACGGCCAUUGAACAGGAAGGGGAAAAAUGUUGACGAGCGCUAUAUGGCCUGUGUUUCAUUUCGGGAAAGGAGUAAUCUGUGAUGACAAACUAAAAGUAACAAAAUAAAGAUACAUAUUUAAAAGGAGAACAAAUAUAAGACGCGUUUCGUGUCGCGCGUGGUGAACGAUCAAAUUCGUCGAACGAUAUUUUUAUUACCCGUAAACCGCACCCGUAAAAAGAGUUAAGGAACGUUAAAGAAACAGAGAGAAGUGUAUUUUUGUGAGGUAUACUUACCUAUAAGAAAGAUGUAUAUCUAGUUACACGCGAGGAGAAUAAAGAACACCGCGAUCGUAGAUUUUAUUGGCUCUGUCGAUAUUAUAAUUAUACAUCUGUUUUAAUAUACGUUACGAACAAUAAAUCGAACCUUUUUUGUUACGCAAA